UUAUGUCCGAUUUUAUAAUACAAGUCACCACCACCAAAUUAAAAAAAAAUAGGAGUAGACUUUGUACUUUUGGGGAUUUCUGUUAUUUUAAUCUCACAUCUUCUGUUUUUCUUUUUCUUUGGGAAAAAAAAAACAGGAGGAGAAGAAGAUGAGAGCUAAUCGCUCUCUCUUUCUCGGCCUUUUUUGUGCCCUUGCCACCGCCAUUUUAGUUCACGGCCAAAGUCAAACAGGUUACAUCAGCAUCGAUUGUGGCAAACCUCUUAACGAAAUCGACAAAGACAGUGUUUCUGGUAUAUAUUACGCCUUCGAUGAUGAUUUCAUAGCUAAUGGCGAAAAUCUCAACGUCUCUGAAGAAUACAAUUACCCGAAAAACCUGAAUUUGCCCUACGUGCUUGCCGAUUUAAGAGCUUUCCCUCAAGGAAACAGAAACUGUUACUCCUUAAAACCUUCAAAGGCCAAAGACAAACUUUAUCUCAUCAGGGCUUCUUUUAUGUACGGAAACUACGAUGGCGGUGUUAACCAAAAACCUUUGCCCGAAUUUGAUCUUUACCUAAACGUUAAUUUCUGGUCGACGGUGAAAUUCAAGAACGCUUCAGAGCAAGUCCACAAAGAGAUCUUAACCUAUGCAGAGUCGGAGACGAUAUACGUUUGCCUUGUGAACAAAGGUAAAGGAACUCCUUUUAUCUCAGGCUUGGAGCUCAGACCAGUGAACAGCUCAAUCUACGGUACUGAGUUUGGAAGAAACGUCUCAUUGUUGCUAUAUCAGAGAUGGGACACAGGAUACUUAAACGGAACAGGACGGUACCAAACCGAUGUAUACGAUCGUAUUUGGUCUCCUUACACUCCAGUCUCUUGGAACUCAACAAGAACAAGUAGUUAUCUCGAUGUUUUCCAGAGCGGUUACAGGCCGCCUGAUGAAGUUAUUAAGACGGCUGCUUCACCGAAAAACAUUGAUGAUCCGUUGGAAAUGUUCUGGACAUCAGAGGAUCCAAAUGCUCGGUUCUACGCAUAUCUUUACUUCGCGGAGCUCGAAAAGCUGGAGAGGGGAGAGAGUAGAAAGAUCAAGAUUAUGUGGAAUGGUUCCCCUGUUUCCGAAUCUCCUGUCGUUCCUUCUUCAAUGUAUUCGAUGACUUUCUCUAAUUCAAGAGCUUUCACUGGUAAAGAUCACUGGAUCUCUGUUCAGAAGGCAGCAGACUCAACGCUUCCACCAAUUCUCAAUGCUAUCGAGAUUUUCACGGCACAGUCUCUUGAUGAGUUUUCAACUGCAGUUGAAGACGUUCACGCGAUAGAAAACAUAAAAGCAACAUAUAAAGUGAAAAAGGUUUGGAGUGGUGAUCCUUGCUCCCCAAGACUGUACCCUUGGGAAGGUAUUGGAUGCAGCUACGGUAACCCUAAUCAUCGAAUCAAGUCCUUGAAUCUUAGCUCAAGCGGGUUACAAGGACCAAUAGUCUUGGCAUUUAGAGAUCUCUCCCUUCUUGAGUCAUUGGAUUUAUCGAACAACGACCUACAGCAAAACGUGCCUGAGUUUUUGGCUGAUCUAAAGCAUUUGAAAAUUCUGAAUUUGAAAGGAAAUCACUUCACUGGGUUUAUCCCAAAAUCUCUUAUGAAAAAAUUUAAGGACGGUAUACUUGCACUAAGUGCGGAUGACCAAAACAUUUGUAAGUCACGUUCAUGUCAAGACAAGAAGAAGAACAACAUGGUUGUUCCAAUAGCUGUAGCGACAUCAGUGAUCGUUCUCCUUGUGGUCUUGGUUAUUAUAUGGAUCAUACUAAGGCAAAGAAAGCGAGCAUCCCGCGUUUCCAAAGAAUUCCAAGUCGAGGCGGAGCUUCUUUUGACAGUCCAUCACAGGAACUUAGCCUCGUUUGUUGGAUACUGCGAUGAUGAACGCAGUAUAGCUCUCAUCUAUGAGUACAUGGCUAAUGGCAACUUGCAAGAGUAUCUUUCAAGCGAGAACGCAGGGGAUCUUAGCUGGGAAAAGAGACUCCAUAUAGCCAUAGACUCUGCCCAAGGUUGAUACUACAGGACGUUUAUGCUGAACGAGAAGAGCGACGUGUACAGUUUCGGGGUCGUCCUUCUUGAACUCAUCACUGGCCAGCGAGCCAUCGUGAAAACCGAAGACGGGGACAAAAUCAGCGUCGUACACUUCGUCGAGCCUAUCUUCGAGACCGGAGAACUUGAUGGCGUCGUGGACCCGCUGCUUCGCGGCGAUUUCUCAUCUGACUCAGCAUGGAAAUUUGUGGAGGUGGCAAUGUCGUGCGUGAGAGACAGAGGGUACACCAGACCAACGAUGAACCAGAUCGUGUCUGAGCUGCAACAGUGUUUAGCCGCUGAGCUGGCUCGUGAGCCAUGAUGAGAAGGAGGAAGUGGUAAUAGAGAUUACGGAGAAGUAGACCAAAAAUUAAUUAUCAAAAGAGGUUUGACCAUUUCUGCUUUUUUUGUGUGUGUGUUUAUAUAUAAUUGAUUUUUAAUUUCUGAAAGGGUUCUUAGGCAAUUUUUUUAAUUUUUAGUUUGAAAAUUUGCUGGUGUUUUCGUUUCGGUGAAAAUAUAUAGUAAGAUUCAAUUUUUUUUUUUUUUUGUAUAUGCUCUUUCUGUCAACCCUAACAAUCGUUCAUUGGUGUACUGUUGAAACUUGAAAGUUAU